UUUUUCACCAUUAUCAAAACUCAAAUCGGAUUUGGGCUCUGUGUUGGACCUGAGCACCUGACCAUCCCCAUCACCCCAAUCCCAUGACUAGAAUGUUUGGUGUAAUUUUAAUGGCGUUUACGCAUGUUUUCUCUCUCCUUUCUCAAUCUCCCCAUCACGAUCCCUCCUUUUAUUUUCCUAUGUUUCCCAUUUCCCUUUAGAUUUGAUGGGCUGAAAAUGAAAGGCGAAUUUUAGCUCAUUUUCUCAUUAAUCAUGACAAAAAGUAUCAUAGAUAGCCACAAUAUUUUUCUGGUUUUCAAAUUUUGAGAAAUCACUGUGCUUUUUUCAGAACUGGGAAAGGCUUCAAAUUCAAAUAUUUGAAUUGGGUUUCUCAAUUUGUUAAUUGCUGAGUGAUUAUACUAGUUUUGGGAUUAAUUCAAAUAUUUGAAUUGGGUUUUCCUCAAAUUCUCAAUUUAGCAGGUUGCUGAUUGCUUGUGCUAAAUUUGGGAUCAAUUUACAGUGUUGUAGAACAACGUUUGAAUUUGGAGAAGUUUUCAAAUUUCAGAUUUCCGAGUGAUUUACAGGUAUCAUAACUAGUUUCUGAACUGGGUUUUGCUUGGAUAAUGUAGAAAUGUCUUCUUUGAUGCAUACAUUUCUGAAUUUUUGAUUAUGAAAGAAAGAUAUUUGGGUAUUGCUUAAGAUUAUUGGUUUAUAGAUGCAAGCAGUUGAUUGAUGAAUACUAUAUAAGAUAUGUUUGAUGGAAGUAUGACAAUGUCUUUCCAUACAUUGAAUUAUCCAACAUAUGUUUUAGGGAAUACAUAUAAACAUGGGUUAUUAAGAAGCUCAAGAAUGAUUCCUGCUUUAGCUGCUACUCCCCCAUCUUCAAUUCUUGUGCACACUGGUGAAAGUGACAAUUUCUUGAAAUGUGGGGGAAAUAAUUAUGUGCCAAACAUGUCUUUAUCAAACAAAGAUUUUAGUACUAGUUCUAUUCUUAAUCAAGCCAAUGGAAUUGGUGUAAUAGGAGGGGUAUCUCUUGAUUCUACAAUGAAUUUCUUGCAUAAGCUUGUGCAAUGGGGAUCAAUGGAGGGAAAGGAUUGUUCUCCUCCAUUCAUGCUUUGUUCUGAUCCACAGUUAACGGAUUUGCUCUUGAACUAUGAAAGAAGUUCUUUUCCUUCACUUUACACUCAAGUAAAACCCUGUAAUUUAGAUCAUACUCCGAUUGUAGCGAACUUGAACUGCAAAAGGGCAUUUCUUGAACAAGGGGGUGCUAAAUGCUUAGUGAUGCCUUGCCAUUUGUUGCAUUCUUGGCAUGGUGAUGUUUCUAUUGGAUGCAGUGUGCCUGUUCUUCAUAUGGGUGAGUGUGUGGCUAAGGAGUUGAAGGAAGCCAAAUUAAGGCCUCUUGAAACUGGAUGUCCUUUGAGAAUUGGUGUUGUUGGUAGUGAUGCUGUAUUGAAAUCAGGGUUUUAUCAGGAAAAGCUACAGAAUGAGGGAUUUGAGGUGGUGCUCCCUGAUAAAGCAACCAUGGAACACGCAGUGCGUCCUGCUAUCGAAGCUUUAGACAGGAAAGACAUUGAAGGUGCCCGGAACUUGUUAAGAAUUGCUCUUCAGGUUCUUUUGGUGAGAGCUGUAAACAUGGUCAUCAUUGCCUCUCAUGAUAUGCGCGAGCUUUUACCUCAUGAUGACCCUCUCCUUAAGAAAUGCAUUGAUCCAAUUGAUUCUUUGGUCAGGUCAACUAUCAUAUGGGCUCAAUCCGUUGAAACAGGCUUUGUGAAGGACAGGACAGAACAGAACAGAACAGAUGUGUUAUGUGUAACUUCGUAUUGGCAAAGUUCUGCAAUUGUUUGGUAUUUCAUCCUCUACAAGUCAAAUUCAAUCCAUUUAUCUGGUAUUUUUUUUGUUACAUUCUCUUAUAUAACCAUCUGUAUCAAUGCCUCAAAUUUGUACAGCCCCUGGAAUAAAUUAAUCAAAAUUCUGAAUCUGAAAUAUCCCUUGAACUUUUUUUGUCAAAUACUUUGUAUUAAAAUCAUCUUAAUUCUUGCAGUCUGUACUUUCUGGAAGUAUGGACUAAGAAAACUGUUGCAGAUUGGUGAUAACCAUACAUAAAUUAUUCUUCUCUAA